UUCUUGAACUUGCCACCUUAGGAAGGUUCCCCAUGUCCUUGUCCUGCUUUUCUAUUAACAGUUCAAUGUCCCUCUUCCCCUCUCAUAUCCAUUUUUCUAUAUGCUAUGGGUUCCUCAGACCUUUGUCCUAACCUGCUUGUCUUCAGUGCUGAUCAGAGAGGUCCAGAAGCAGCUUUUGUGCUGGCAACAGGGAGCAGUGCUGGGAGGAUGCUGGUUACCACUCCUGGUAUUUUCUUCUCUCCAGUCUCAUGCCUUGCUUGUUUUGAUAAUAUCUUCUGCUUGGUGUCUGCUUGCACAGGUGCUAUGGCCAGGGUGACAUGAGCGGAGAAGUGAUGGCUUGCACUCUUUCACUUUCUGAUGCAUGACCAUUCAGCACGUGAAGGUCUCUAAUUCUGGCAUGAUGUUGCCAAGGUGUGUUUCCCCAGACCCUUGGUGAGGGCGUGCUGAGCCACACCAUGGACUGCCUGAGCUCCUCUGCUUCCAAAAUAUGUCCUUUGGGUCCCCGAAGCACUUUCAGACCAUGUUAAAGACCAAGCUGAAUGUCCUAACUCUUCGGAAAGAGCCUCUCCCGACAGUGAUCUUCCAUGAACCAGAAGCCAUCGAGCUGUGCACCACAACACCCCUCAUGAAGACCCGGGCUCACACUGGAUGCAAGGUUACAUAUUUGGGUAAAGUUUCCACAACAGGGAUGCAAUUUUUGUCAGGCUGCACAGAGAAACCAGUCAUUGAAUUAUGGAAGAAGCACACACUUGCCAGGGAGGAUAUUUACCCAGCUAAUGCUCUUCUGGAAAUUCGCCCUUUCCAAGUCUGGCUGCAUCAUCUAGACCUCAAAGGCGAGGCAACAGUCCACAUGGAUACCUUUCAGGUAGCACGUAUCGCCUACUGCACUGCUGACCACAACAUCAGCCCAAACAUCUUUGCUUGGGUCUAUAGGGAGAUCAACGAUGACUUGUCCUACCAGAUGGACUGCCAUGCUGUAGAGUGUGAGAGCAAGCUGGAGGCCAAGAAGUUGGCUCACGCCAUGAUGGAGGCCUUUAAGAAGACUUUUCACAGCAUGAAAAGUGAUGGCCGGAUCCACAGGAAUAGUUCAUCAGAGGAAGUGUCUCAUGGAUUUGAAUCUGAUGAUGGCUGACUGAACUCAUUCGUGAUUCAGCAAAGGCAGAAACGGCCUAGGGAAUCAGAGCUGAUAGAUGAAUAAGCAACAGUUGAAACUGGGGAACAGAAAGACUGCCAAACCCUUGGCUGACUAGCUUUUUAAAUCAAGAGAGUAAUUUGGUACCUAAAGAUAUGCAUCAUUAAAGUAAUUACGUUACAUUGAAAUCUGCUGCUGUUGUAAACAUGAGAAAAAAGCUUCCCCCUCUUUUGCCCCAGAUGUCUUGCACCCACUCAUUGCUGCCUCUUUCUCAUCUCUAUAGUUCAGGUGCACACUGCGAAGUAGAGUCAUUCCUGUUUAUCUUAAAAGACUGGACAGGCAAUAUUAUUGGCUGCUCCUCUGGUGUUCCUAGCUGGGGGAUGAUGAUGCAGAAGACCAAGUAGACCUGGAAAGCCCUAAUGGCUCCUAAAGAAUCUCUCUCUGUGAUGCAUCACAAAAAUAAUUUCAUCAUACAUAGGCUAAGACAGCCAUACAUAGCCUUUUAGACUAGUGGCCUAGCAUUCUGCAGUUAGUUCACAUUUCACAGAUUAAAGAAUGAAAAAAGAUGCUUGUAUGUACACAUUAUAUCAUAUGCUAUCCUUUAUUUUAUUCAUUGUACCUAUUUUCUUAAUAUACCUGCUGCCACCUCUUUCAUCAGCAUCAGUAGUUGCAGACUGCAGGAUACCAAAAAGGGUGGGCCAAACUCCCACAGUGGCUAGGAGUACAGCAAGCCAGCACCCUUAUCCAGGCAUUUUCAAGCCCUUAUUUGCUGCCCAAGUGAGUGGCCCACUGUUAAAGAGUUGAGGGACUCUUGGGUCUGUUGUCAGUGUUUGAACUGUGACUUCUCAUCAACCUCAGGUCUGAAGUGGUAUGAAGAUGGUAGCCUCAACUCUGUGUUCUGUUGGCCCUGGCUGGAUGGAGCUGGUGCUUCCUAGUCAGGAAGUCAGGGCUGCAUUACCAUAAAAAUCAAAGGAAACGGUCCAGUAGGAGCCAGAUUUGAAUAACUGUUCUGGUUGAGAAGCUCAUUUUAAGAUUCUCAUACCUUUCCUUGUUCACAGAUAUAAAGAGUCAUGCCUUUCUUAAAUGCAGAUGUUUAAUAAAACUCAGAUAAAAGGAAAAACUUGUUUCACUUAAUAUUUUUUAAGGCCAAGAGCAGAUCAAUACUUUGCAAGUAAUGCUGCUCCUUUAUACAAUGCUAUUUGUAAUUUUGGUACUGUUAGGGGCACUGGGGCACCUUACAGAAGCCUUAAAAGAAAGCAAAUUGAAGCAGAUAGCUCACUGUGUUUUGUGGGUUUAUAUGUUUGUAUGUGAGUGCGUAUGUGCAAGUCCAGUGUUAAAGCAUGUAGACUGAGCAUGGAGACAUACUGAGGAGGGCCUUGAAAAUACGCUUACUGCUUUACAAUGUAUGUAAACUAUUCUGCAGCAUAAAUGCAUUCAUACUUUAAUAAAAAAAAAGUUUGAGUUAAGAUGUGGGAAUCUUAAGCUGUCUUUCCAAAGCAAAUGAUAUGGUUUUGUUUCAUCCAUGUGGGUUUUCUGUUCAGUUGCUCAUGGGGAGUGAAAAUGUCUGUUUAUUUCCAUUUAACAUUACAAGUCUUCAUGAGUAUUAUCCUCAAUAUUUUUUUUAAUGUUUCAUGUAAAUUAUUACUAAUGAAUUUACUCUCAUUAAAAAAAAAACAACAAGCUACACUAUAUAGACAGGAUUUAUAGUUUUGGCUUUGAAGAAGCCUUCAGAGAUACCCCCCAUCAAACCAUCAGGCCAGUUUAAAUUAACUCUGCUUACAGAAACUGCAGAAUAGCUAACAGCUGAGGUGUGUGCAACACUGUAAUUCUAUAACGCGAUGGAAAGUACAGCAGUAGUAGCAGGGUGGCACAAUCCCAGGCUGCAGCAAUUAAUAACAAGCCCAAACGCAGCAGCUGUAGGGCAA